CUAGGGGUGGGGCCUCGGUGCCGCGAGGCGGCAGGCGACCGACGGGCUGGUUGGCGGGCCCGCACUGGUGCGGAGAGCGGGCUGUACGACCGGUGGAGGGCUAUGGCCGCUUCUCCGGGCUCUGGUGGCGGCGGCGGUGCGGGAGCUGUCCACUCCUGCAACACGUCUGGCUUCGCCUUCGACUCGGGACUGGAGAUCAGAACGCGCUCGGUGGAGCAGACGCUGCUGCCCCUGGUUUCUCAGAUUACCACACUUAUUAACCAUAAAGAUAAUACCAAAAAGUCUGAUAAAACUCUGCAAGCAAUUCAGCGUGUGGGACAAGCUGUCAACUUGGCAGUUGGAAGAUUUGUUAAAGUAGGGGAAGCUAUAGCCAAUGAAAACUGGGAUUUGAAAGAAGAAAUUAGUAUUGCCUGCAUUGAAGCUAAGCAAGCAGGAGAAACAAUUGCAGCACUCACGGAUGUGGCCAGAUGGAAUCAUCUGGACUCGGACGGCCAGAGCACAAUUCUGACAGACAAAUCAGGAGUUGUGCAGGCCGCCAGGCUGCUGCUGUCCUCGGUGACAAAGGUGUUGCUGCUGGCGGACCGUGUCGUCAUCAAGCAGAUAGUGACGUCCAGAAACAAGGUUCUUGCAACCAUGGAGAGACUGGAGAAAGUAAACAGCUUCCAGGAGUUUGUUCAGAUAUUCAGUCAGUUUGGAAAUGAAAUGGUGGAGUUUGCGCAUCUGACGGGAGACAGACAAAAUGAUUUGAAAGAUGAAAAGAAAAAGGCCAGAAUGGCAGUGGCAAGGGCUGUGCUUGAAAAGGGCACAAUGAUGCUCCUCACAGCUUCAAAGACAUGUCUCAGGCAUCCCAGCUGUGACUCAGCCCAUAAAAACAAAGAAGGAGUGUUUGACCGGAUGAGAGUGGCCCUGGAUAAGGUCAUCGAGAUCGUGACUGAGUGCAAACAGAACGGAGGGACUGACAGCUCAUCUAUCAGCAUUUUUGCUGGGAUUAAAGAGUUGAAGUUGAAUAUUGAAGCUCUUCGGGAGAAUCUUUACUUUGAGUCCAAGGAGAACCUUUCUGCUGCAUUGGAGGUCAUCUUGGAGCGUGUGGAGGACUUCACCGAUUCUGCCUACACCAGCCAUGAGCACAGGGAACGCAUCUUGGAGCUGUCUACUCAGGCGAGAACAGAACUGCAACAGUUCGUUUCCGUGUGGAUGCAAGCUCAAAGCAGGAAGACCAAGAGUGCUGCCGAGGAGCUGGAGCUCACUGUCCUGAAGGUCAGCCAUGGGCUCAACGAGCUGAGGAAAGAGCUUUAUCAUACAGCGCUGCAGCUGGCAGGCGACCUGUUAAAAUUCCACGCUGAUCAUGUGGUUUUAAAAGCAUUAAAACUUACUGGAGUAGAAGGAAAUUUGGAAGCAUUGGCUGAAUAUGCCUGUAAACUCUCUGAGCAGAAAGAACAGCUCGUUGAGAUGUGUCGGGUGUUGCGGCAUGUGUCUGGCACGGAACCCCUUGAAAUAACCUGCAUACAUGCAGAAGAGACAUUUCAGGUGACUGGGCAACAGAUCAUUUCUGCUGCGGAGACACUGACGCUGCAUCCUUCUAGCAAAAUCGCCAAGGAAAACCUGGACGUGUUUUGUGAGGCUUGGGAGUCUCAGAUUAGUGACAUGGCAGCGCUGCUCAGAGAGAUCAGUGACGUGUUUGAAGGAAGACGAGAUCAGCCUCAGCCAAAGGAAACAGGAAUCAAGCUGCCUGGUAAUAAAUCGGCCCUGGUGAGCACAAGAAAAAAUUUUAAAGGAGAGAAGUACGACCAUCUUUCGCUUCCAAAGCCCAUGAAGAAUAACGCAAACCUGAAAUCCUUAAAGCCUGACAAACCUGAUUCAGAGGAGCAGGCCAAGAUAGCGAAGCUGGGCCUGAAGCUUGCUUUGCUCACCUCCGAUACUGACUGUGAACUUGAGAAGUGGGAGGAUCAGGAGAAUGAGAUUGUUCAACACGGCCGGAACAUGUCCAGGAUGGCCUACUCUCUGUAUUUGUUUACUAGAGGAGAGGGACCACUGAAAACAUCACAGGACUUAAUUCACUUCCUAGAGGUUUUUGCUGCAGAGGGAUUAAAGCUUACUUCAAAUGUACAGUCAUUUUCGAAACAGCUGAAAGAUGAUGACAAACUUAUGCUUCUCCUGGAAAUAAACAAGCUAAUUCCUCUAUGCCACCAGCUUCAGACAAUAACUAAGACAUCUUUGCAGAACAAAGUGUUCCUAAAGGUUGACAAGUGUAUUACAAAGAUAAGGUCCAUGAUGGCUCUUGUGGUCCAGCUCCUGUCACUGUGCUAUAAGCUACUGAAGAAGGUGGAAAAUAACAAGUGGGUGUCAGCGGCGAAUAAAGACACCAUGGAUGGUAAGACUUGAGCAGCCUGCAGUUCAUCUCUGGAGUAUCGUGUGGCACAGCGGACCUUUCUAAAAAGCAAAUGAUCCUUUGUAUUUUCAGAAAUUCAUCGGUUUUUUUUUUUUUUUUAAAGAGAAUGCUGAAAUCUUUCUUCUGAUCUUCAGAUUAGAAAGCUUAACGAGAGUCACUGCCGUGGCAGUUGCUAAGAUUCUAAUGGCAGUGCGAUUUUAAAGUAGACGUUGUGUUCAGGAUGUUCUUCAGCACACACCAAAUGUCCUAGUUGUCUUAAUGACAACUGAAUCCCAAAGACGCAAUCAUGAAUGCACACUCCCCUUUGGCAUCCUUAACUGUUUUAUUUAAGCUGAUUAUCUACAACACUAAUUUCAGCAGAAAAUAUAUAGUGACCUGGUUGAAUGCAGAGUUUUUCUUAGACCUGUGGACUCUUCUUCAGUUCUUGUUGAAGCAGGCUAAGGGUCCCUCAGAUGCCUGGUCACAUCUCCGCUAGCAAUGUUGCUUCUAACAAGCAUCUCACCGGGUGAGGUCAUUAGGCCACAUCUGCCCCUCCCCUGCUUCAGAAAGGAAGACAACAGAAGUCACUCCAAAGAACCGUGGAGCAACAUCAGAAGAGGAAAUGGCUUUUUAUUCUAGCUGUAGUAUGUAUAGCUGACCACGUAGUCCUGGAUAGUAGAUGGAAUCCUAAGUAUUUUUUACUGGUUUAAAAACAGUUUUGAACUAUCCUUCUCAGUAUUGAUGGAAUGGCUGGGGCAGAAGACCGAACAUUAGAACCAAGAGGCUGUUUAAAUUCCAGAUACCUGUGCACUGUGUUUUAUAUAUAUGGCAUUGGAAUGCUCAUUUUCAGACGUUUUAACUCUAGGGUUUAAACUUUUUCUUGGGCUGGGGAAUUGACUCUGCUGGUAACCUGUUUACCUUAUAAGCUGUGUUGUAAAGCAAGGACAAGAUGGCCUAGGAGAUCGUUCAGCUGAUCUGCUGUAUUUCCGAGUAUCAGAACAAGGGCUGAGGAGGGAGAUGCACAGUACCAGCAUGUGCUGCACAGAUCUCUCAUCUCUUUAGCUCCCAUCAGAGAUGUUAACACAACUAGUUUUUCAAAAGCAGUGGAAUAAUGUUGCAGACUGCUGUUAAGGGGAAUGAUUGAAUGCAACCAUCUCCUGUGAAAUAGUCAGGAUUGUUACCAACUCAUACGAGUAAAAAUUCUGUGAUUUCUUUUUAAACUGAGAAGAAGGAUGCUACCUUCACUGGAUUCUCAGUGUAAAUAUUUUAGUAAUAAAGCAGAUCCCUCAAUAAAACUGUUAAGGACCAUCGGAUAUGUGGUAACAAUGACAUUAUCUUUGUUAACAAAAUAGGGAUUAUUAACUAGUAUUAAACAUGUGAUAAUGUACACUUCAAUAAAAAUUAUGUUCAGUAACUGAAUUUGUACCAACUAGUUUAACUUUGAUCCAUUAAGCAAAUUAGGGUGGGGCAUACUGAUCAAUAAUAACAUUAAAAGUGCCCUUGCAACCUGUACUGUUUUAUAUGUCUGUAUUUUCAAGUACUUCUAGCAUGGUUUUCCGUCUGUGAAACAAAACAUCCUUUUAACUUGCAAUAAAACUAGUGAAGAAACAUACAACCUGUGAAACACAUACAGACUCUCACAGCACGAGUCUCUUAGAAUCCUUCUGCCACUCAAAGUCAGGAUCUAUUGCUGCGUGCUUAACUUACAUCCCAUUGUGGUCCCUGUAGAUAGUAACUCACAGCCUUUGUCAAGUCUGAUGGUGUAACUAAGGGAUAGUCAUGCUGACACUCAGGUUAUAAGAGGUUUGUCUUAUGAAUUAAAUUUAUUUUUAAAAAAUUUUCCGGGGGCUCAGUGGUUAGAGCACCGACUGCUCUUCCAGAGGUCCUGAGUUCAAUUCCCAGCACCCACAUGGUGGCUCACAACCACCUGUAAUGAGAUCUGGCGCCCUCUUCUGGCCUGCAGGGACACAUGCAGGCAGAACGCUGUAUACAUAAUAAAUAAAUCUUUACAAAAUUUUUUUUUCCUUACAAAUAUUUGUAAGAAAAUUACAAAUACCUUUAUACACUUGACAAUAGAAUUAGCGGUGCCCAGGGGGUUGAAGCAACAGGGUAACAUGACGUCAACAGCAUGAGAGGACAGACUUCCAAGUCAGGUUUUCAUCUGUAUAAAACCAUUUUAUUGAAAGGAAAUUCAGUUUUAACCCCUCCUAGUUACAGGGAGCUACUUCUUUCUUCUCAAUAAACUUGGUUGUUUGGUUACGUUGAAAUCAUUGCAUUAAAAUCAGGAAAAUGACAGUCAUUUCAUGAUUUAAGAUCUUUUUGUUUUAAAUUCAGUGUAAAUGUCUAAUCUAAACCCAGAACUUCACAGCUGUUUUUUUUCUAAGCUAGAUAAUAUAGAAACCUUGCUCUGCUCUAUGCUGUGGAUAUCGCUCUGUAUAAAUAAACACUGAUUGGCCAGUGGCCAGGCAGGAAGUAUAGGCGGGACUAACAGAGAGGAGAAAAGAGGAAACAGGAAAGGAGAGGAGCCUCCGCAAGGACAAGGAAAAUGUAAGGUACCGAUAAGCCACAAGCCAUGUGGCCAAGUAUAGAUUAAUAGAAAUGGGCUAAAUGUAAGAGUAAGAAUGAUAGGCCUGAGCUAAUGGCCAAGCAGUUUAAAUAAUGUAAGAGUCUGUGUGUUUGUUUUAUGAGUGGGCUCCGGGACUGGCGGGACUUGGUGGGAGCUGUUGAGAAAUUCUCCAGCAACAGCUCUAAGACAUCUGUGCCUCUGGGUGAGACCUUCAUUACUACAAAGCGGCCGUCAGUAAAAUGUGUAGAUGGGAGUUACCGCCAUGCGUUUGCAGGAGCCAGCUCAGCACAGCAGCGUGAUUCUUCCAUUUGCUAGAAGAGCCCUUGCACAUUUCCAAGCUUUUCCAUGUAGAGUAGAAGGCAGACUCCACAAUCAUGCCCCUCCAGCAGCCUAGAGGGAAAAAGCCACAGCAGAGGGGGUGAGGCUGGGCUUUCCCAUUGCUCUUUGAAGCAGAUUUGGGAAGGAUGGACAAUUAAUUUUGUUUUUUCAAAGUAUUAAAUUGUUAAAAAAAUUAAUUAAGGCAAGGGGCUGGAGAGAUGGCUUAGAGGUUAAUAGUACUGGCUGCUCUUCUAGAGGUCCUGGGUUUACUUCCCAGCACCUACAUGGUGGCUCACAACCAUCUGGAAUUCCAAGGAGUCUGAUGUCUUCUUUUGGCAUCUACAGGCAUUGCAUGAAUACAAUGCACAUGCACAUAUGCAAGAAAACACAUUAAAAAAUCUUAAAAAAAAAAAAAA